UGGAGCCAUUUUUGAGCUGGCAGGGCUGAGACUCGCGCUAGUUUCUAAUCCAUUGCAUCUGCCUAAAUGUGCUCUCAAUAUACUUUGAAACAUACAAAUAUCGGCAAAUAAGAUCAUAAUCUACUCUUUCAUAUCAAUAUUUUUGAAUUUAUCGUGGUGGAUUAGCUGAAAAGGGGCUUUAAACUAAAGGGACAAAGGGUACCCGAGCCCACAAAGAUGAGAAGAGGGAUCUCAUCAGCCCCGGAUAAAGUAAUAAUAGCAGGAGUUGGAGGCUCCUUGGAUAAAAAUGCGGUAUUGACAGCAUUGUCCGAUCGGUUAACCCCUCAUUUUACAACUGCCACUUAUAUUCAAAUUAUAACUCCACCGCCUUGCAUUACACAGACUUCAAAUGUCUGUUUGUCCGAACCUCCAGCUGGCAGUAUAUAUUCCACUCCAAACGGAGCAACAAACGGAACCGGACAACGACCUACAUUAGGACGUCCACCGGCCAAGCGGAGGUUGGCGUUGGAUGAGUCGGACCAUCAGUACCCCAUCGAAGGAGCCAGGACCCCCAGGGGAAAGGCUGGAGGAGCCUCCGGGCCAGGGCUCAAGAGCCCCAAAACUCCGAAGUCACCGGCAGAGAAGACGCGUUACGACACGUCGCUGGGCCUGCUAACGAAGAAGUUUGUUGAGUUGCUGGGCCAGUCGUCUGACGGCGUCGUCGACCUCAAUCAGGCUGCAGAGGUUCUCAAGGUGCAGAAGCGACGCCUCUAUGACAUCACCAACGUGCUGGAGGGGGUGCACCUCAUCAAGAAGAAGUCUAAGAAUAACAUACAGUGGAUGGGCUGUAACCUGUCGGAGGAUGGGGUUACGUUGACCAGCAGCCAGAGUCUGAGCAGUGAGCUGUCUGACCUGGGUCAGGAGGAGAGGAGACUGGACGAGCUGAUCCAGAGCUGUACCCUGGACGUCCAACAGAUGACAGAGGCCUCGCACAGCCACAAGUUUGCCUAUGUGACAUACCAAGACAUCCGUCAUCUGCGUCACCUGAAGGACCAGACCGUCAUCGUGGUGAAAGCUCCCUCUGAGACCAAGUUGGAGGUGCCAGACCCACAGGAGGGCCUGUCUGUCCUCCUCACCAGCACCAAGGGGCCUAUCGAGGUGUUCCUCUGUCCGGAGGAGAACGCCAGUAGUCCUGUGAAGAACGGCGGCCCGGAUGUCCAAGGAAACUCCUCCCCUUUCCUCAAAGUGUCAGCAGAGAGUGCAACAGGCGGCGGCGGUAACGACUACGUCGCUCCAGCUCCGUCUGCGGUGACGGUGACCAACCUGUCCCCCAUCACCUCCCCUUUCACCAGCCUGCUGCUGCAAACGGAGGACCAGAUCCCCUCCUCCCUGUCUGGGCUCCUGGAGGGCCACGGGGCCGGGCCCUUCGUCAACCUGUCCCCUCCUCUCCUCAACGAGGACUACAUGCUGAGCUUAGAGGAUGACGAGGGAAUCAGCGAUCUGUUCGACACAUACGACUUUGACAAGCUUCCCCUGGAAGAACUCAUGUGUCCCUCUAUGUAAGAGGGAGGGGUGGAAGACAAGGAUGUGUCUCCCCCCCCCCCCC